UUUGUGCAACAAUAACUGUGAAGCUUUUAAUGCGAAGAUUUUGAAGUACAGAGGAAAACCAAUUCUGAAGAUGCUUGAGGAAAUUAGAAGCUACAUAAUGGGAAAUAUGGCAUCGAAUAAGAGGUCAUUGAGUGGAUGGUUAGGAGAGCUUACACCCGUCCAACAAAGUAGGCUUGACAUAGAGAAAACUCGAAGUAACAAAUGGAGGGUCCAAUUUUCUGGUGAUGGUCGGUUUCAAGUAGAAAAGCAUGCUAUGAGAAUGGAUGUUGACAUUGACAAAAAAACUUGUACUUGUAGGGUUUGGCAAAUUAGUGGGAUGCCUUGUAGGCAUGCAAUUGCUGCAAUGGCUAGUUGGGGCUUACAACCUGAGGAAUUUGUCCAUAAUUGGCUUAAGAUGCCAUCAUUCAAGGCUGCUUAUGUGGAAUUUAUUCGGCCUUGCAGAUCCCAACACUUUUGGAUGACAACUGAAUUUGAUGCUCCUAUUCCUCCUUUAAUUAAGAGAAAACCUGGCAGGCCAAAAAAAACAGACGAAAAGGUGCAGAUGAAGGAGAAAGACCCGGUAAAAUGAAGAAAAAGACUAUUCCAAUGCAUUGUGGUAGAUGUCAGUCAUCAGAGCAUAAUUUGCGCACGUGUCCUCAACCUGGAGCUGACAUUCAAAAUCAACCAGUUGAGAUCAAGUCGUCUCAAUCUGCACCUGCACCUCAAGAAAAUGACAUUCCAGUUACUCAGCAAGCUAUUGCACCAGUGACAAAACAUGUUACUGUAUCAGUGACAAAGCAAGUAGCUGCAGCAGUGACAAAGCAAGCAACUGCACCAGUGAUAAAGCAAGCAGCUGCAGCAGUGACAAAGCAAGCAACUGGACCAUAUACAAAGCAAGCAGCUGCAUCAGUAACAAAGCAAGCAGCGGCACCAAAUAGAAAGCAAGAAGCUGCACCGGUGAAUCAGCAAGUUGUUGCACCUGCUGCAAAGCCUACACUAGGUAAACCUAUUAAUAUUACUGGUGUUGGAUUGUUGAGGAGGCCAAAGAAUCCAGUUUUUAAACCAGUAGUUGCUGUCAAAAAUAUUGUAGUUAGUCCGGAACUUGUAGAUCCAAUGAAAGCAUACAACAACACAAGGGAGAAAACAUCGAUGAGAUUCAUGCCAACUCCAGGAUUAAGCCGAGGAUCACGCAAUGAAGGACCUUCUACUUAGUGCUUUUGUUUGAUUGUUGCUUAUAAUAUUUGGUUUUUUGUAAUGAUGCAUGCUAGUUUUCUAGUAAUGAAAUUAUGGUUUAUGAUUAAUAUUGUUCUUUAGUUAACUAUGGAUUGUGAUUUAGUUAGUUCUUUUGAUGGAUAAUGGAUUUGUUGACUUAUGUAAUGAAUUUGAUGGAUUAUGGUUUAGU